GACAAAUCAAAACAAAUCCAAAAUGAAGAACCAUAUUCACAUUGUAUUUCUCUUUUCCCAGCUCUUCUUGAUUUUGAGCCUUGGUGGCUUUGUUUCAUGUACUAAAGAAAAAAAGGUGUAUAUAGUAUACCUUGGAGAGCACAAUGGAGACAAGACUUUGAAAGAAAUAGAAGAUCACCACUGUUCAUUUCUUCAUUCUGUCAAGGCUACUUCUUCCAAAGAACAUGUAAGAGCAUCACUUGUUCAUAGCUACAAGAAUGUCAUCAAUGGCUUCUCCGCUUUGUUAACACCACAAGAAGCCGAUAUGAUAUCAGGGAUGGAAGGGGUAAUAUCAGUAUUUCACAGUGAUCCUUAUGAAAUAAAGCCUCAUACUACUAGAUCAUGGGACUUCAUAAGCUUGUUGGAAGGAACUUCACUGAUAAAUUCUAGAGAAGAAUUGCUGCAAAAUGCAAGUUAUGGAAAGGACGUUAUUGUUGGGGUUAUGGACAGUGGGGUGUGGCCAGAAUCUUCAAGUUUCAAUGAUGAAGGAAUGGAACCAGUUCCAAAGUCAUGGAAUGGAAUUUGCCAAGAAGGUGUUGCCUUCAACGCCUCCCAUUGCAACAGGAAAUUAAUUGGAGCGCGAUACUAUUUAAAAGGUUAUGAGGCAAUAGCUGGUCCUCUUAACGAGACAAGGGACUUCCGAUCACCAAGAGAUGUAGACGGUCAUGGAACUCACACAGCAGGCACGGUGGGUGGUAGAAGAGUAGCAAAUGCAUCAGCAAUUGGUGGAUUUGCUAAGGGUACAGCUACAGGAGGUGCCCCCAAUGUUCGACUCGCCAUCUAUAAAGUAUGUUGGCCAGUUCCAGAUCAGAGUUUAGCUGAGGGAAAUGCAUGUGUUAUGGAUGACAUUCUUGCUGCUUUUGAUGAUGCCAUAGCUGAUGGGGUUCAUGUACUCAGUAUUUCUCUAGGGUCUCAACCUAAAUCAACAUAUUAUACAGAAAAUUCUAUCGCAAUUGGAUCUUUGCAUGCUGUGAAGAGGAAUAUUAUAGUAGCUUGUAGUGCUGGAAAUGAUGGUCCAACAUCUUCAACUGUUGGAAAUGUAGCGCCAUGGAUUAUCACAGUUGGUGCUAGUAGUAUCGAUCGAGUUUUUUCAUCUCCAAUUAUGCUCGGAAAUGGAAUGAUCGUCGAGGGACAAACAGUAACUCCCAUAAGGAGGAGGAGAUUGCAUCCUUUGGUUUACGCAGGAGAUGUAGAAAUUAGAGGAACUACGGCAAGCAAUACAACAGGAGAAUGUCUUCCUGGUACACUAUCAAGAAAUCUUGUCAGAGGAAAAGUUGUCCUCUGCAUGAAUAGGGGUAGGCAGGCAUCAAUGGAAGUGAAAAGGGCUGGAGGUGUUGCAGCUAUUUUAGGAAAUCCAUUUAACGAGAUACAAGUCACCCCUUUUCUGGAUCCCACAACAGUUGUAUUUUCAUAUAGCCUGAAUACAAUCCUGACGUAUAUACGGACUGAAAAAUAUCCAAUGGCAACACUUCUUCCAGGAAAUACAUUGAUUGGCACCAAGCCAGCACCUGUCAUGGCUUCUUUCACUUCCAAAGGACCAAAUAUUGUCGAUCUUAACAUUCUCAAGCCGGAUAUAACUGCUCCUGGAUUUAACAUACUAGCAGCAUGGAGCGAGGCAUCAUCUCCCCUUAAGAUACCAGAGGAUCGUCGGGUUGUUAAGUAUAACAUGCAAUCUGGAACAUCCAUGUCUUGCCCACAUGUUUCAGCUGUAAUUGCACUCUUAAAAUCAAUUCAUCCAGAUUGGAGUAGUGCUGCAAUCAGAUCAGCUCUAAUGACCACAUCAACAAUCAAUAAUGUGGUUGGUAGGCCAAUAACAAAUGCCACUGGUAAUGAUGCAAACCCCUUCGAAUACGGAGCAGGACAUUUCAGGCCAUCAAGAGCUGUAGAUCCUGGACUUGUUUAUGAUGCUACGUACACAGAUUAUCUUCUCUAUCUCUGUAGUCAAAACAAAAGCCUAGAUUCAACUUUCAGUUGUCCUGAGAAAGUACCUGCAGCGAGUAACCUUAACUAUCCCUCACUUGCAAUAGCUAACAUCAGAGGAUCCAGCAGGACUGUGACAAGAGUUGUUACAAAUGUGGGAAAAGAUAACUCGACUUAUGUUUUAGCUGUGAGAUCACCUCCUGGAUAUGUUGUUGAUAUUGUUCCAAAAACCUUACGUUUUAGCAAAUUGGGAGAGAAACACAGCUUCAACAUAACAGUUAGAGCACAAAGUAUUAUUGAAAAGAGACGUGAGUUUUCCUUUGGUUGGUACACAUGGAUUGAUGGAGUCCAUGUGGUUCGAAGUCCAAUUGCAGUAUCAUCCGCGUAAUUAAAUCAUGCAUUUGUGAAUAAGUGCCAAAAAUAUUUUACAAAUGUGUAACUAGAGCACGCUGUUAUGAAAAUUCAAAGAAAAAUUGUUAGGUUCUGUAGAAUAAUUGAAAUUGCAUUUCUUGCUCAGGCAGAUGAUCGGAUUUGUAGUAUGCAAAAUAAAGAAGUAAUUAUGUAUCUUGUUGCUAUAUACAUCUUUGUAAGGAUAAAUGUUUAUUGAUUUCAGACAA